ACUGCAGUGGUCGAUUUCGGACACGGGCAGGAAUUCGAACGACACAGAGCCUCCAGGAAUACAAAGCCGAGACUUGCCGGUAGCGGCAGAUACUUCCAGAAGUUUCGAAGAAAGAGCCAGCGGGGCUUCCCUAUCCACAUAAUCCAAGAUGCCGGAACAGGCCGACGUCGGGGGGGAGGACGGAAUGCAUGGGAAGUCCGAGUUAGAACAGAUCCAGUUCAAGUCCAGCCAGGUCACCGAUGAUUCCUUGGAAUCCACAAGGAGGAUGAUGGCCUUAUGCGACGAGAGCAAAGAAGCUGGUAUUCGAACUCUCGUUGCUCUGGACGAUCAAGGAGAGCAACUGGACCGGAUCGAGGAGGACAUGGAUAAAAUUAAUGCUGAUAUGAAGGAAGCCGAGAAAAACUUGGAAGGAAUGGAAAAAUGCUGUGGUAUCUGCGUAUGUCCUUGUAAUAAGUCUUCGGACUUCAAAGAAGACGCAAGUACGUGGAAAGCAAGCGAGGACGGUAAAAUCGUCAACAAUCAGCCAGCGAGAGUCAUGGAUGAUAGAAACGGAGCCGGUCCCAUGGGCGGAUACAUCGCCAAAAUUACGAACGACGCUCGUGAGGAAGAAAUGGAAGACAACAUGCAGCAGGUGAGCACCAUGAUCGGCAACUUACGCAACAUGGCCAUCGACAUGGGCAGCGAAAUGGAGUCCCAAAACAGGCAGCUGGACAGGAUCAACCUCAAGGCCGAGUCUAACAAGACAAGGAUCACUGCGGCUAACCAACGUGCAACAAAGCUCUUGAAAGAUUAAGAGUCGGAAAAGCUCGGUCGCACAUUCAGAACCCGCCCCUUUUAGCUCGGAACACCCCCUUGAUUCAAAG